AUGCCAGUAACCAACACGAGGACGAUCAAGCGCUGGCUUGAGCCGGAGGACCUUGUCCUUGCCAAAGUAGUCGAGGCCACAGCCCAACUUGCCCAAGAGCGUGAAGAAUCAACUUGUGUUUGGAUGAUGCCCUAUUUAAAUCGCUUUUUGAAGGGCAAGCGACAAACGCUCGCUAUUUCCGGAAAUCCUGCGUCGGGAAAGUCCAUCCUCGCGACUGUUAUCAACGAUCACUUGCAACAUCCCGUCGGAGACGUGAGCUACAGAACUAUAUUUGUGCCCAUUAGUGAGUUUGCUAAUGACUUGAGGAUUUAUCUGCUGCUAACUGUAUAUCCAGACAGCAGGGUUCUGGCAAACACUAUGCCUCGUGCUAUUGCCAAGACUAUUCUAUCCCAGCUUUUCGACCAGCAAAUUGGAAAUGUUCGCCUUUACCGCGUGCUUUCUGAUACAUACAGACGGUGCCAGGAGACAUUUGACCCUGAAGUAUACGAUGACAUCAUCUGGGGAGUCCUCGAAAAUGCACUUGAAGCUAGCCGGAAAGACGCGAAGGAGCUAGUUCUGAUCGUUGACGGCGUGGAUGAAGCCAACGGCGGCGAAGCAGCUUUAUUGAAGAGGCUCCGACAUGCUACCCAUAACGCAAAGAGUACCAGGCUGAUCCUGCUUACUUCUCAGCAGGAGUCCAAAACCUCUCCUCGGGAGGGACAGGACACGGUACGCAUUACACCAGAGCUUAUUCUCGAUGAUAUUUCCGCAGUUGUGCGAAGCAUCUUGCAGGGUAGCGACAGCUUCAACAAAGCUCCCCAAGAGCGACGUGAGAUUCAAGUUACCCGGAUUGCAGAGGCUUCUAAUGGCUCUUUUCUGUGGGCUAAGCUUGCUUCGAAACAAAUUCGUGACGAGGCCCCGUCCAACACCCAGGCUCUGGUCAAGGCGGUUGACAAUCUGGUCAAUAAAAAGCCCACAGUAAAAGACUUCAUUAAUCGCACCCUGCAUUCGAAUGUGACCCAAGAGGCAAUCAAACUCGUUGUCUGGCUCGCCACUGCUUGUCGGCCGCUACAGGUACAAGAGUUGUCCGCGCUUCUGUCUAUUCAGCAAGACAAGCAAAGGAUCACAGAGCAGGACAAGGAAAGUCCACUUCAUAUUCUGAAGCCUGUGGCGUCGUUAGUCUUUAUUCAAAAUAACUUGGUGUUCCUGCGGCACGCCAAAGUCCGCGACUCAAUCCUGGAGAUCUUCAAUCAUGGCAAUAUCCUUCCCACGAUUAAGAACAGGAACCUCGAUCUGGCCCAGCGGCUGUUACUCUAUGCAAAGCUUGUGGUUCCAGAUGGACGUGAGCUAGCCUUGGAGCCGUUGGAAUCGCGUUUCACCCGCAACCUCAUCGAAAGGCACCCUUUGUUGGACUUUGCACUCCGCUACUGGAUAGACCAUCUGCGGACGGCAAUGGGCUGCAACACAGACCGGGAAAUCUCUGCAGCUGCGAAAGAAAUUCGCAAUAUACUUCCAACCAGCACAACGCUACCUAGGCUCGAGAUGGCUGUAUGGGAGCGUAAAGAGACUCCGGUGCUCGUGUCUUUCCACGAUACCCAGACGCGCCUCUACCAAUCGAUACUAUCCUCCAAACAGCAAGCCACUCUUCAGACACUUUUAUGUGAAGUGUCUUUCUAUUGGAGUAUUCAUAAGGCCCCAGCUCAAGGUGAUCAUAUCUUCUAUGAUGCCAUCAAGAUCUGUCAAGAGCUACUCUCAGCUCAACACAGUAUCACCAUGACGGUGGCUCAAUAUUUCUUGGAAAUUACCACUGGACAAGUGACUACUUCGAAGACAACCACUAUGGCGAGGCGAAUUGAAGUACUCCACCUCCUUGUGGAGAGCUAUAAGGUUGUUUAUGGAUCGACAAGCGAUCUGUUCAUUUCCACUGCCACUCAGCUUGCAGAGCAUUACCACUACAUCAAAGAAGAGCACAAAGCCGAGGAAAUCAGAGUCUCCAUUGGCGCUCGCCAUCCCGGAGGUCCAAAAGAUCCGAUCAAGCCCCAAUUGCCCGAUGAUUCGUUGCACAUCCACCUCAUCGGUCGGCCUCAGCCCACUGUGGGAGGGUCAAGCCUCGCGAUAGACGAGAUUGAGACGGAUGUCGAGGUUAGCGAGUCGUUCGAGUUUGAAUCAAUGCUCAGCCAGGCAGAACAGUAUGCCAACGCUGGGGACCACAAAGCAGCCGAACUUAUUUACCUUGAGAUCUGGCAGCGCACCAGCUGGGAAUACCGACUCCACCGCUCUGUAGAGUGGGAGCUACGGAAUGUGAAGAUUGCUCUGGCCUAUUCGAACUUCCUCAUGUUGCAAAAGCGAGAGAGCGAGGUAGCAGCUAUUCUCUGGGGUUUCUGGCAAGACUAUGAGCAGGCUGUCUCUACUUUAGAUGAGGCGGUUGUAUCGCAAUUCAUGCAAGUUGCAAAACUCAUGAAAUCCGUCAGGCUGCAUGCCGUGGCACUGCAAGUGCUGAAUCACUGUGCUCAAAGCAUCAGUCAACAUAGCUCGAUCUAUGCGGAGCUUCACCAGGCUAUACAGUCAACUUCCCAGGAAGUCAUAGAGAACGAGUCAACCGUUUCUGAAUCUAUCCUUGAAGAGAUUGUGUUUAGCACCCUUACAACAACACAAUUCUCCGCGCAGGCGACAACUUCGCUUAUUAACAAGUAUUUGUCCCAGCGUCGAUGGCAUGACGCUACUCAAGCCAUGAAGCGGGUUUUACGGAGUAUUUGGCCAGCGUUAUUCGCCCCAUCUCUCCAGGAUGUUAUUCUCCCAUCGAAGAAUGUGGACUACUGUGUCCAGCUCGCUGAGCGCCUGAGUAACUGCUAUCGUGCGAGGCAGCGAUUAGUAAAAGAAGAGAAUAUUCGUCUUCGAGUCUAUCGUGCUGCCCGACAUGGCAGGCCCCUUGGAGAUAGACUCCGUGAUCGAGCCACGAUAGCAAUCUUGCGCUUCUAUGAGCGAUCAUCCAAAACCGAUGAGCUCAUCAAUAUCCACCAAGAAGUCCUAGACGACUAUACUAAGAAGUAUGGGCAAGCUCAUCCGAAUGUGCUCAAGGAGUUGUGGGCAUUGGCCACCCUUACGCAUCUACGCCCGGUCUGCGUCGAUUACUAUGGACAGAUUGUGAAGAUUCUGAAUAAGGAUUCAAAUACCUGUCACCCGGACGCCUUUGAACCGCUUCUUAUUGUAGUCACAGAGCUCCUGACGCAAGGACGUUUUUCUGAGGCAUUGCACCCUUGUCAGACCUUGUUCAACACAUUGCAGCAUCCGCAUGUCAAUCCCAAGCUUAAAGAUCAGGCAUUCGUGAAGCUUACCUAUGAGCGCUAUGUCCAUUGCUUGCGGAUGACUCGCGCUGACAUUGUGGCCAUUCAUGAUGUAACAGUUCAGUACCGCAAGACAUGCCAGUCUUUAUUCGGGGUAACCGCGACAAUCACGGUCCAAGCCACCACCACACUGGCACAAAUUUGCCAGGAAAGUUAUGCAUACAAGAGUGAAGCAAUAGAGCUCUACGAGGAGUUGUUGAAGCUCAAAGCAAGCCAGGUGGAUAUCGACUAUGAGGGAAUUAAAGCGACACUAGAUGCCUUGUACGAAGAACAGGAGAAUACGCUGACCUCAAGUACUGAGACGAUUACAACCGCGGAGUUUCAUAAGGUGGUCUCUAUUCACAAGAAGCGUUUCGAGGCCACCCGACAGAAAUAUGGAUGGGCUCACCAGGAAUCACUCUCCCAGAUGGAGAAGCUCGUAUCUCUCUAUUCUAGACGCAAUGAAUUCCAGACAGCUUUCUCAUUGUUGCAAGAAGCAACAUCGCAAGUCCUAUCGACGGAGACCUCGGCGUUCAAUCUGUGUCUAGCAGCCCAGAGUAUUGCUUCCAGCUUUAUCAGCUCAGGUCAACUCCAACGCGGCAAAGCAAUGGCACAGGAGAUCUACCGAGAACUUGUGGCCAGGGAUAUCGAGGUCGGCUCCAUCAGCUUUAACUUCUCUGCCGACCAGAAUCAAGCCCUUGUUUUCCUAGCCCAGCUCGAGUAUAGUCUUCAAGAGCGGGAGGCCAUGUCUGUCAGCAUGAACGAGAUUUACACUUCACUGGUGACUGAAUAUGUCUAUUUCGAAAAGCUCAGAACUGCGAUGAAGUCGAAGACCAGCAGCUUCCAGAGCACGUUGUCCAUUGUCUGCCGCCUACAUAGUGUACUGCUCUCCAGAGGCCGUCAAUCCACUGCCACCGGACUCAUCGAGAAAUUCACCCACUACUUCAUAUCUGCGGAGCGCGAUAAUGUCGAUGUCAACUUUUCCCAGGGGAGGGUCUUCGUCACCACGCUUCUAGAGUACUUCAAAUCCCACUCAUCGCGCGAUUACAUCAGCUCUAUCGCCAUCGCCAGCUACAACCGAGUAACUCAACUCCUGGCCUCCAAGAACUACCAUACUGCAUUUGACUUGGCGUCGGUCUCAUUCAAAUACUUCCGGGCGCAUUACGGCUUCUCCUCGUUGACUGCCGUCAAGCUGGCAUUCAAAUUAGGUCUAGCAAUUUCAAGCCGAGACAUCAAAUCCUUUGUGGAGCCCAAUGUGCGAAAGGAUAUGCUCAGUUUAUCGGCCACCAUCGUGAAGGGAGCUCUGGACAAGUUCGAGCAAUUGAAGCUUGACAUAACCCAGUUAGACCAUGUCAACCUGGACCGGUUGAUCGGGCUUCUAGACGAGCAGAAGGAUUAUUCCACCUUGGUCCGCGUGCUUACCUCCCUUUGGAAUGCCCGCGAAACCCGCAGCACUUCGCAGCAACAGCAUAUCUACACCCUUGCCCUUGGCCGUAUGCUUGUCAUCACACGCUACAUGAUUGGUGAGUACGUGGAUGCCAUCCGUCUGGCGAAAGAUAUUGUGUACAACUGUGCUCGUGUCCACGGCCCCCGCCAUCAAAGUACCGUCGAGAUGACCGUGCUCCUGUCUCAGAUGUACACGAGCGUGGCACAGGGAUAUCAAGACCAGAAGGACUACCGCGACUUGGCGUACCGGUACUACAAGGAGGCUGCAGUGCUGCAUGAAAAUGCCCUACGAUCCUUCGUUGACCCGUCUUACUUCUCAUCCAGCCUUGGAGACACAAGCAGCCCCGGCGGCUCGAAUGCCAGCAGUCCCGGUGAGGCGACAGAAGGGGAAGCCAAGUACGUUCGUCAGCACCUACGUCUGCUCAAACUUGCUGUUGAACGCCUGGGAGACUGGCCGAAGGAGUACUCGGAAUACGAGAACCUUAAUAAUGAUAUUUUCAAAGCUUUUGGAAACGAGCUGAAAGGAGUGGAAGGCGUGGAUAAGUGGGACCUCAAGAAAUUCGGCUGUGGUCGAGCUGAGGCGACUGAUGACCUGAUCCUGCCUGCCUCGGAGGAAGGUGUUGUUCUACGUGAACGCCUCGCAAUUCCUGCCUAA